AUGAAGCUCUCCACCGUCCUUCUCGCCGCUACUGCCCUCGUGGGUACCUCUUCCGCCUACAAGAUCAGCGUCUACAGCAAGGACAACUACCAGGGCACUCAGAAGUCGUGGUCCAGCAACGGCUCUCAUAGCGUUGGCUUCACCGUGAAGUCUUGGAUCUGGGAGUCCUCUCUUGGGGAUGGCUGCUGCGUUGCUUUCUGCAAGGGCAGCACCAACGUUGGCCGAUACUGCGGAAGUGCCAGGAAGCCUGUCUCCAGCGCUGGCGUCAACAAGGUUGUGACUGGUUGCGGAUCGGCUGUCCUCAACUGCUAA